AUUGCAAUAAUUGCUACUAUUAUUAAAUUCUUUACUCAGACAACUCCAUUUCUGUGCACUCUCUCCGUUCUCUCUCCCUCUACGCGAUCUCUUGUGAGUUAUCAUAAUCUGAAUUCGCCACAAACACGCACUUGAAUUAUUACGGCGUAGUUUCUAAGCAUUUGGGCGUGAGGGAUUUUGUCUCAACAAAACCGUAAGCCUAAAAGUAUAUGAUAGAUUCUGCAGAAUAAGUGAAGCAGUUGGUUUUGCUCGUGGGAUGUGCGAGAAGCUGAGGAGUUGAGCCCGUCAUGAUUGAUAGAAUGAAGAGAAUGAAGAGAUGCAAAGAAUAAUCUCAUCUUUUUAUUAGUUUUUAUUCAGGAAAGUAUGCCUUCAUGGUGGGGUAAGUCAUCAUCAAAAGAAGCAAAAAAGAAAACAACCAAGGAAAGCUUCAUUGACACCCUACACAAGAAGUUCAAAAGCCCCGACAGCAAAUCCUCCUGUAGAUUGGGAGGUUCUAGAAGACGCUCGAGUGACAGUGUCUCUGAGAGAGGGUCCCAGUCCACGUCACCUUCUUCCAAACACGUGGCUCGAUGUCAGAGUUUUGCAGAGAGGCCUCAGUCCCAACCACUUCCCAUGCCAAGCCUUGGACCUCCCAAAGUCAGCCGCACGAAUUCUGGAAUAACUGAGCCGGUAAAGACAAAACAGGAAAGGGUCUCCAAAGCAUCAUUAUUUCUUCCUCUUCCUAGGCCAGCAUGCAUAAGGCAGAGGCUGGAGCCUGGGGAUUUGGAUGGUGAUUUGGCAGUGGCCUCAAUCUCUAGUGAGUGUUCGAUUGAGAGUGACGAUCAGGUUGAUUCACGUCAACGUAGUCCACUGGUGACUGACUAUGAUGUCGGAUGUAGGACGACUGCUGGUAGCCCCACCAGUAUUUCUAAAGACAGCUUGCCUGUUGCGCCUUUAGUCUCUAGGCAAUCACAAGUUCCUGUGAACCUCUCCUCCAACAAGAAUAUCUCUUCUCCUCCUAGAAGACGACCUUUUAAUGGUCAAAUGGCGAGUUUACAGGUUCUGCAACAUGGCGCCUUGUGGAGUGCUCCCGAUAGCUCAAUGUCGAGUCCCUCCAGAAGUCCAAUGAGGGCCUCUGGUUAUGAGCAAAUUACGAGCACAGCUUUUACUGCUGGCAAACUCUAUCCAGAUUUUCCCUUCCUCGGUUCUGGUCAAUGCUCCAGUCCAGGCUCAGGUCAGACGUCUGGCCACAACUCGAUGGGAGGAGAUCUAUCCGGGCAAUUAUUUUGGCAGCCCAGUCGAGGAAGUCCAGAAAUUUCUCCAAUCCCAUCUCCAAGAAUGACGAGUGCUGGACCAAGCUCCAGAAUCCACAGUGGUUCUGUAACACCACUUCAUUCUAGAAAUGGAGGAGGGUAUUCCGAAUCACAGAGCAACUGGCCUGAGGAUGCAAGACAGCAAAGCCACCGUUUGCCCUUACCUCCCAUAACCAUUUCCAGCGCCUCGCCUUUUCAUCAGCAGAGUUCAGCUGUGACUUCGCCUUCUGUGCCACGAAGUCCUGGACGAGCUGAGAAUCUCGCCAGCCCUGGCUCACGUUGGAAAAAGGGGAAGCUUCUUGGUCGAGGCACAUUUGGACACGUUUAUGUUGGUUUUAAUAGUGAAACUGGUGAAAUGUGUGCAAUGAAGGAGGUUACAUUAUUUUCUGAUGAUGCAAAGUCCAAGGAAAGUGCGAAGCAGUUGGGACAAGAGAUUGCACUGUUGAGUCGCUUAAGGCAUCCUAAUAUUGUUCAGUACUAUGGAUCUGAAACGGUUGGCGACAAAUUAUACAUUUAUUUGGAAUAUGUAUCUGGUGGUUCUAUCCAUAAGCUUCUACAAGAAUAUGGAAAGUUGGGUGAAUCAGCCAUCCGCAGGCAAUCUUGUCCCUUAUCUUUUAAGGGUAGUCCUUACUGGAUGGCUCCUGAGGUUAUAAGGAAUUCAAAUGGAUGUAGUCUAGCCGUUGACAUAUGGAGUCUUGGAUGCACUGUCUUAGAAAUGGCAACAUCAAAGCCACCAUGGAGCCAGUAUGAAGGGGUAGCCGCCAUGUUCAAGAUUGGAAAUAGUAAGGAACUUCCAACAAUUCCGGAUUAUCUCUCGGAAGAAGGGAAAGAAUUUGUGAGGCUAUGCUUGAAACGAAACCCCCUGCAUCGUCCUACAGCUGCUCAGCUUCUUGAGCACUCUUUUGUAAAAAGUGCCGCACCUUUGGAGAAACAAAUGCAGAGUUUUACAACAUCUACCGAGCACCUUCCAAUAACAAAUGUCGUUAAACCUUCGGUCGAUAUUCAAGGCGACAUUUACAUCUCAAGGAACAUAUCAUGCCCAGUCUCGCCUAUCGGUUCAAGGUCUCCCCAAUACCUUAGCGGCCGAAUGUCUCCUUCCCCAAUUUCCAGCCCUCGUGCGACAUCUGGCUCGACCACACCCCUCCCUUUUCACAACCAACAAUCGCUGCCCAAUAUUUUGCAGCAGGAGGGUUUUGCGAAUUUACAAUCUGGCCCCUGCACCAGCAGCUCCUCCUACUGGGAUUCCGAAAUCCUCAGAGGGGUACAAUCGGGAGGAUCUUCUUCUCAUGCCUUUCGAGAGUUGACAGUAGCCUAUGAUAAUAAUAAACAGUCGGUUUUGUUUGAUCGUGUGUCCCAGCAGCUGCUCAGAGAGCCUUCCAAGUUGUUGAAUCAGUCUCUGGAUUUGAGGACUCCUUCUGCAUUGACGUGCAAUCGCUCGACCAGAUUAUGACCUAUAUUAUUAAUUGCCAUUAUCGUCGUAAAAAAUGUU